CUCUGUUCUUCCCCCUGGUCUCUUCUUCUUCUUGGUUCCGUUCCUAACCUUCUUCUUCCUUUCUCAAUCCCUCCAUUUCUUUCCUAAUUGCAGUACUCUGCUUCCUCCAUUCUCCAUUCAAUUCAUCGAGAUCAGGUUCAUAUCAGGCCAGGCGUGAUAAGUAAUUUACUUCUUGUCAAUACAAAGAGGAAAAGAGAGCUUCAAAUAUCGGUUUGAGAUGGUUGACGUUGACUCCCUGAACCCCUUCCAUCUGCCGCCCAGUAUCGUUGAAUCAGUAGAGCAUCCUAGCUAGUACUUCCCCAGUGUCACCAUGUCCUUCCCCGUCGCCUGUGAACCCUCCUCUCCCGCCGCCUCUCCCGCCGAUCUAUUCCUCUACGACGUCUUCCUGAGCUUCAGAGGUGCCGACACUCGGCACGGCUUCGUCAGCCAUCUCUACAACGCGCUCCGGCAGAGAGGGAUCAGCACGUUCAAGGACGAUCAGAAUCUCGACCGCGGGAAACCAAUAACGCCGGAGAUUCUCCGGGUGAUUCGACAAUCCAGAUUUUCGAUCGCCGUUUUCUCUGAAGGCUACGCUUCUUCCCCAUGGUGUCUGGGAGAGCUCCAAGCCAUCAUCCAGUGCACGGAGAGAGACGAGACUCGAGCGGUGCUCCCAAUCUUCUACAACAUCGACCCGUCGGAUGUGAGCGAGGUCAAGAACAGUUACGCUGAGUCGUUUGCCAAACACGAGCUGGAUUUCCCUCGUGAUCCUGAAUUGCUCCGAAAUUGGAGAGCUGCUCUCAGCAAAGCUGCUGAAUUUAGCGGCUGGGGCUCCCGCAAUCGGGACGAACCGACUCUUAUUAGUAUGAUUGUGGCAGAUGUACUGAACAAGCUGGGUCGUAAUGUCUCGAACAAGCUUUCUGGCCUUGUUGGAAUGGAAACCCCAAUAAAGAAAGUGGAAUUGCUAUUGCAUACAGGGUUGGUUGAUAUUCGGAUCGUUGGGGUUUGGGGGAUGCCAGGCAUUGGUAAAACCACCCUUGCGGAAGCUGUUUAUCACCAAAUAUCUCAUAAAUUUGAUGCUUGUUGCUUCCUGAAGAGUGUUAGAGAGGCAGCAGAGACACAUGGGUUGGAUCAUCUACGAAGCAGACUUCUUUCAGCUUUGAUAGUGGAAGAUGGUUUUAAGAUUUCAGAACAGCAACUGGAUGUGCUAAUGAGUGGCAGACUUCGCUGCAAAUGCGUCCUCGUAGUUCUUGAUGAUGUGUCUCAUGUAGAUCAGUUGGUAAGAUUGGCAGGGGAUCGCGAUUGGUUUGGAGCAGGGAGUAGAAUCAUCGUGACAACUAGAGAUAAGCACUUGCUGGAGCAGCAUGGAGUGGACUCAAUUUAUGAGGUCAAGCCUUUAAGAGGCGCUGAAUCUCUUCAACUGUUUCAGCAACAUGCUUUUAAGAAUUCCGCUAACUCCAACAGGCAAGAUUUUUCUGCACUCUCACAACGUGUUGUGAAUUAUGCCCAGGGGCUUCCCUUGGCCCUUAAAGUUCUGGGGUCCUCUUUAUUCAACAUGCAUAAAGGUGAAUGGGAAAGCAAACUGAACACCCUGGAAGAUGAACCUCCAGGGGACGUAAUUAAGGUCCUUAGAUUAAGUUUGGACACGCUUUCUAGAAAUGAAAAGAAGAUAUUUCUUGAUGUUGCUUGUUUCUUUAAAGGGGAGGAUAAAGAUUAUGUUGUGAGCAUACUAGAAGCUUGUGGUUUCCCUGCAAGCUAUGGAUUAGAAGUCCUUCGCCGUAGAUCUCUUCUGAUUCUGCAGGAUGACACUAAUGCGAUUUGGAUGCAUGAUUUGGUCCAACAGAUGGGGUGGGAAGUUGUCCGUCAAGAGUGUUUUGAUGAUGCUGGCCGGCGUAGCAGGCUGUGGGAUCAUCAGGACGUUCAGAAUGUAUUGACACAAAACAUUGGGACAAGACAUGUUGAAGGUGUUACCCUCGAUAUUUCCAAAGUGAAUGAGAUGUCUGUUGAAGUUGAUGCUUUCCACAGGAUGACUAGUCUCAGAUUGCUCAAGAUCUGCUAUCUACAACAUUCUGGUAUUUCUGAGUACGUUUCCAGAAAUGAGUCGUGUCGUGAUACUUAUGACUGCAGAGGAAAUGAUGCCUAUUUUUCGGGGAAGUUAGAAUCUCUUCCACAUGAGUUGGGAAGUCUUCAACUCGCUGGACAUCCAUCCAGUAGCCCCGGAAGAAAUGACUCCUCAGUUGAGGAUUAUAAGCUUCAUUUUUCAGGAGAGUUGAGAACUCUUUCAAAUAAAUUGUCGAGUCUCCAUUGGCAUGGAUAUCCAUUUGAGACAUUGCCUCCAAAUUUUUAUCCAAGGAAUCUGGUUGAGUUUAAUCUGUCAUACAGUCGCUUAAGAAACUGUUGGUCAAGAAAGGAGACUUUUGACAAGCUGAAAUUCAUAAAACUCAGCAACUCUCAAGAGCUCACCCACGCACCAGAUUUCUCUUUCAUCCCAAACCUUGAGAUACUCAUUCUCGAAGGUUGUGUGAAGUUAGUUGAGCUUCAUCCUUCUGCUGGGUCUCUGGAAAAGCUCAUUUACUUGAAUUUGAAAGGCUGCAAAAGUUUGCUUCACCUGCCACCCAGUAUUGCCAUGAGUUCUUUGAAGAUUCUUAUAUUAUCAGGAUGUUCGCAGCUAAAGAAUUUUCCCGAGGUGGAGGGGAACAUGGAAAGCCUGUCGGAGCUUCUUCUCGAUGGUACGGAUAUAGGGGAGAUACCCUCGUCGAUUCAAAGGUUAACUGGCCUUGUCGUGUUGAGCGUCACAGGGUGUAAACGCUUAGGGUUUAUUCCUGCUGCCGUUGGUAGUUGCCGAGCCUUGAAGAUACUUCGACUCUCGGGCUGUGCUGAUCUUCGGCAUGUUCUGUUCGAGUUAAGCAUGCUGGAAAAUCUAGAGGAACUCCAUGCACAAGGAACUGCUCUAGAUUGGAGAUGUCUGGUAGCUGGCGGCCAUCCGAAGCUUAAAAUAAUCACACUUCACCAUUCUAGGCAGCACGAUGUACUUUCCUCUGAAGUCUCUGAAAGUUCUCGCUUAAGCAAGUCUUCCUUUGGCCUUGUAACAUAUAAGUUCCCUUCCUUGACUCAUCUGGAUCUGAGUUACUGCAACUUGCGGGAUCGGUUCUGGGGCAUCAGUUCUCUGGCCAGCCUGAAGGUUUUGGAUCUAAGCGGAAAUCUCUUUGCCAGAUUGUCGAGAAAGGAACUCCCGAAAAACAUCAAAGUUCUUCUCUUGGCGAAUUGCGAGAAGCUUCUGUCCAUACCAAGGCUGCCGCCUACAACAUAUUCCUUGGAAGCACCAAACUGUACAUUGUUGCAAUUCAUGGAUUACCCUGCAGGCAAUGAAUCGGGAAGAAUGAGGGGCAUUAACCUCAUGAAUUGCUUGCAAUUGGGUACUGAAUCCCGAUCCGGCCAUGGUCCACGAAGCUAUUGUGAAGUAGCUGUCAGGUUGCUACUGUCUCAAAUACAAAAGAUGUCUUCACCGUCGGUUGAUGUACUGUCUAUCAUCAUCCCGGCGAGCAGUAUCAUACCAGAGUGGAGUCCUUUCCAGGAUGUGGGUUCUAGCACAACCUCGUUUAAGGUGUCUGGAAGUCACUCGUGGAGCAAUGACGGUCUCAAAGGCUUGGUCGUGUGGGCGACUUUUGAAGUCCGCGGCUCAGUGGCUCGGGGUAGCCUCAGCCUCAGCUUCCGUAUUGUGAUCGGCGGCGCGAAUGUGAUCUCUGAUGUUGGUUUCGUGGUGAGCGAAAAUACCAGGGUUGAUUCGGAACACAUGUGGCUCCGUUUCAUCCCAGCUCUGCUCUUCAAGACGAUGCCGUUCGGUGGGCCGUCACAGUUGGGCGGCUGGGCGAUGUCUGCUGCAGCGGCUGUUGAAGCUAACAGCCCUGACUUGGUUGUGAAGAGCUGCGGGCUGGCACCGGUGCGCUGCAGCGAGGACGGUCAUUUUUCCAAACCGGAAAAGUUGCUACAAAAUGGUGGUUGGAGUAGGCAGUGGCGGAGGAACGAUUUGAAACUACGUCUGUCCUCUUUUCAGUUGAAACUUGCUUCCCCUGUCAACAAUGGCUUCUCUGAUUUUGGAUCAAAUGCUCAUGGAAGACCUUACAUGGACAAGAAUCGAUCAAAUGCCCAUGUUGGCAGAACCCUCAAUGACGAUGCACUGGGUGAGCAGAAUCGUGGACCUAGAACAACCAAAUCCAAAACUCAGUUAGCUGUUAAAGCAUACACAGCCAAAGUUGGUGAUUCUAAUGCAGAGGAAAAUAUCAUAAUUUCUUCUGAUCAAUACAACAGGGAUGAUUUCCAAGUUGACUACACUUAUGGAAAGUUCUUUGUGAUAAAAUCAUAUAGCGAGGAUGAUGUUCACAAGAGUAUCAAAUACAAUGUUUUGUCAUCAACUCCUCAUGGGAACAAAAAGCUGCAGAGUGCCUAUGAAGAUGCACAGAAGAUAGCUGCAGAUAAAGCUAGCAGUUGUCCCAUCUUCCUUUUCUUUUCGGUCAAUGCAAGUGGACAGUUUUGUGGUGUUGCUGAGAUGAUUGGUCCAGUUGAUUUCAGGAAGGAUAUGGAUUUUUGGCAGCAAGAUAAAUGGUCUGGUAGUUUCCCUGUGAAGUGGCACAUGAUUAAAGAUGUACAAAAUGGCAGCUUUAGGCAUAUUAUCUUGGAGAACAAUGAAAAUAAGCCAGUUACUAAUAGCCGAGACACUCAAGAGGUAAUGUUCAUGCAAGGCCUGGAGAUGCUGAAGAUUUUCAAAAGCCAAGUUUUGGAUACUUCUUUACUUGAUGACUUCACCUACUAUGAGAACCGGCAGAGAAUCAUGCAAGAAGAAAAAACCAGCGUCACAGGGUGUAAACGCUUAGGAUCUAUUCCUGCGACCGUUGGUAGUUGCCGAGCCUUGAAGAUACUUCGACUCUCAGGCUGUGCUGAUCUUCGGCAUGUUCUGUUCGAGUUAAGCAUGCUGGAAAAUCUAGAGGAACUCCAUGCACAAGGAACUGCUCUAGAUUGGAGAUGUCUGGUAGCUGGCGGCCAUUCGAAGCUUAAAAUAAUCACACUUCACCAUUCUUGGCAGCGUGAUGUAGUUUCCUCUGAAGUCUCUGAAAGUUCUCGCUUAAGCAAGUCUUCCUUUGGCCUUGUAACAUAUCAGAUCCCUUCCUUGACUCCUCUGGAUCUGAGUUACUGCAACUUGCGGGAUCGGUUCUGGGGCAUCAGUUCGCUGGCCAGCCUGUUGGUUUUGGAUCUAAGCGGAAAUCUCUUUGCCAAAUUGUCGAGAAAGGAACUCCCGAAAAACAUCAAAGUUCUUCUCUUGGCGAAUUGCGAGAAGCUUCUGUCCAUACCAAGGCUGCCGCCUACAACAUAUUCCUUGGAAGCACCAAACUGUACAUUGUUGCAAGUCAUGGAUUACCCUGCAGGCAAUGAAUCGGGAAGAAUGAGGGGCAUUAACCUCAUGAAUUGCUUGCAAUUGGGUACUGAAUCCCGAUCGGGCCAUGGUCCACGAAGCUAUUGUGAAGUAGCUGUCAGGUUGCUGCUGUCUCAAAUACAAAAGAUGUCUUCACCGUCGGUUGAUGUACUAUCUAUCAUCAUCCCGGCGAGCAGUAUCAUACCAGAGUGGAGUCCUUUCCAGGAUGUGGGUUCUAGCACAACCUCGUUUAAGGUGUCUGGAAGCCACUCGUGGAGCAAUGACGGUCUCAAAGGCUUGGUCGUGUGGGCGACUUUUGAAGUCCGCGGCUCAGUGGCUCGGGGUAGCCUCGGCCUCAGCUUCCGUAUUGUGAUCGGCGGCGCGAAUGUGAUCUCUGAUGUUGGUUUCGUGGUGAGCGAAAAUACCAGGGUUGAUUCGGAACACAUGUGGCUCCGUUUCAUCCCAGCUCUGCUCUUCAAGACGAUGCCGUUCGGUGGGCCGUCACAGUUGGGCGGCUGGGCGAUGUCUGCUGCAGCGGCUGUUGAAGCUAACAGCCCUGACUUGGUUGUGAAGAGCUGCGGGCUGGCGCCGAUUUGA